GGAACACCCGAUCUUGUCACCAUGGGUAUCUUCAAGCGCAAAGACUCGAAGAACUCGAUCCAGAGUGAUCGGGAUGACCAGGAAUCCUUCGCCACCGUCAACAGUGCUCGUACCUCGAAUGCGUCGUUGAGAUCCCCCGGCUACAAAGGAAGCGGCCUGCCUGCCUCCAUCCCAGAACUACCGAUUGCCAAACCACCUGACCCGGCAUUGGACCCCGCCGCCUACUUGCGAAGCAUCCAUGCCGUCCGCGAGAGAUGUAGCUUGGUUCUGAACAAGGCGAAGAGGAACCGACUGAACCACUUCGAUGUGGAUAUGGGCAAGUUCGAGGCCACCGCAUCCUACAUCGUAUCGAUCAUCAAGAGAGACUACUCCCCCGACUACGAUUCCAUCCCUCCUCAUGGCCGCUGGCAGCACUUCGACGUCGGUGGUCGACCCCGCGUGAACCAAUUGCUUCAGUCGUGGCCCAGCACUAUCGACGCGCAAGAGCGCACCCGGCGGUUGAUCGAUCUUUUUGUUGUCUCUGUCCUUCUCGAUGCGGGUGCCGGUACCAGAUGGUCAUACAAGUCGAAGGAGUCGGGCAAGAUCUACUCCCGGAGCGAAGGUCUGGCCGUGGCUACGCUGGAGAUGUUCAAGAGUGGCCUGUUCAGCAGCGAUCCUACGGAGCCUUGUCAAGUAGACGGCGCAGGGCUGAAGAAGAUCACGGUUGAUGUGCUGGCCAAGGGGAUGCAGCAUUCAGAAAGCAACGCGCUAGCGGGCAUUGAAGGCCGCGCGGGGCUUCUUAUCCGGCUCUCCGAGGCUCUCAACAACCAGGAUUUCUUCGGAGUGGAUGCUAGACCUGGCAAUAUGCUUGACUACCUCCUUUCGCAUCCCUCGACGCUUGCUUCUUCCGUUCCAAUCGUCCCUAUCACCACUCUAUGGAGCAUCCUCAUGGAUGGGUUUUCCCCCAUCUGGCCCCCCUCUAGAACGCAGAUCGAUGGACUAUCUAUUGGAGACGCCUGGCCAUGCUCGGAUCUACCCAGGUCCCCUCCCGCGCAGCCCUGGGAAAAUAUCGUCCCGUUCCACAAACUUACGCAGUGGCUCUGCUACUCUAUCAUGGUGCCGAUGUCGAAGUUGAUGAAGAUCCACUUUGCUGGGAGCGAACUGCUCACGGGUCUUCCCGAGUACCGGAACGGUGGUCUGCUGAUCGACAUGGGCCUGUUGAGUCUGAAGGAGAAGGACCUCGAGCGAGGCAUUACGGCGUUCAAGGAGAAUGCGCAGAUCAAGGGCCAACCGAACAUGGAGGUCGUGCCCCUCUUCUCCACGGACGACGACGUGGUCGUCGAAUGGCGGGCGGCUACCGUGGGAUUCCUGGACGACCUGCUGGACGCCGUGAACUCCCAGUUAGGACUGGUGGGAGAGGACCAGCUGACACUGGCGCAGAUGCUUGAAGCUGGAUCAUGGAAGGGUGGACGUGAGAUCGCGGAAGUCUCGAGGCCGAACACGAAAGAACCCCCGAUCAUGAUUCGCUCCGACGGCACUGUUUUCUAAUGAUCGCAUACCCUGUUGAUGUUUUGGAUACCUGACACCGCCAGUUCGGCACCCGUUCCACGGCUGGUGGUAGUGUUUACGACUUUGAUGACCAGAUGUUUAUGCGUCUCAUUCCUUACGGCCGCUGGGGCCCUUUUGAGCUUUGUACCAUGCCUUGCUGCGUCACUUGGCACCUUUAUACCUAAUUGCUUCUGCUGUAGAAUUGUCUCCGUGGGAGGUUUCAUCUUUUCUUCCUGUACACAUUUCCUUGGUUUCGUUCCACUUCUUGGCUAUCUUGGAUGAAAAUGGGAUAAAAAAAGUUUUGAUGAUCUUGGUUCUUUCUGUCUCCUUCAUUCUUGACCCUGGUUGACUAGCUGAGCCUAUAAUCCCUGCAGUCCGCUGUGGGUACUUUCCGGAUGAUAAUGCACUUGUCUUAAGAGCCAC